UGACAGUUGUGUCUGUCAUUUUAAUUCUGCAGUAAAUGGUUUCUCUGUCAUUUUUUGGACGUCUUCUGUCAAAAUCUUUCCUAGACUCGUAGGAUAAACCUUAUAUAAAUUCGGUGUGCAAAAGAAUAAUGUAUGGAUUGUAAGGUUAUCUGUUGAAUAAUGUUUAAUAAACUGAGGCUUCGAAGAGAGCUUUUUACAAUUCAAAGAUGCAAACGUAAGUUUUCUGAUAAACAAGACGGUCCCGUUAACUCAAAAAGUGCCAUAGAAAGUGAGACUUCCACAAAGAGUGAAUCAAAUCAGUCCGCCAAAGAUGAUGUAGUUUGGAGAACUCCGCAGCAUAAUAAACAAAAAUCUGGUCUGCCAGUAUUAGGAACCUUCUACAAAAAAGAGGCUAGUUUAAACCUCUUGAAAUUGGCACAAACCCCAGUCAGAUUAAGUACCCUAAAGAAAUGGUGGAUGAAUAGUAACGAGCACAAAGAAGUAUAUCUCCAACAUUAUAUACCGGAGCGUCAUCAAAUAUUAGGGCCAGAGUUAGCUGCAGCCCAUUUUAUAGUAUAUAGAGGAGGCUCAGUAAAAUUUCACGGACAAGAGGAAUGGAUUAAAGCCGAUAAUGGAAAAUAUGAAUUACCCUCCAUGUAUCAAGAGAUGUAUUUAGAAAGGAUGGACUGCACGGAUAUGAACUUACACUAUGAAGGUUUAGAAAACCUGAGAGGCUUAAAAGAUUUACAGUGGCUUAGUUUAAAUGGAAAUAAAUAUAUCGAUGACUUUUGCAUGGAUGUGAUAGCUAAUAUUUUUUCUCAUAGCCUCAUAUAUUUAGAUCUUCGAAAUUGUUUCAAUAUAUCAGAAAGGGGUAUAGGUGCUUUAUUUAAAAUGAAGAAACUGAAAGUAUUAUAUCUGGACGAUUUACUGAAAGAUACGCGAUAUGAGUUAACGUGUAUGCUUUUACAAGAUUUGAAUCCUGUAUUAAAUAUAAAAAGUGAUGUAAUUAGUUUUGAGAUUAAAUAAAUAGAUGAAUAGAAAUAUA